AUGUCAUCACCUCAAUCAUCAAGUCCAAAUGUAACUUUAAUCAGUAAUGAUAAUAAAAACUAUAAUUGUGAAUAUAUAUCAUCAACAACAUCUCAAAUCAAUUGUUUAUUAGAACCUGGAGAAGGAUUAAUAAAUAAAAUUCAAAUCAAAAUAGAUGAGGUAGAAAGUACAACUGAAAUAAAUUUUAAAUAUGGCGUACCUCAUUUUACAUCAACAAAUGCAAUUCAAAUUGAUAGAACAAAUGAAUUUUCAACAACUGGUAUUAUCUAUGGUAAUAUUAACGAUACAAAUGGUACAAUAAAAUUUAUAUUUAAUGGAAAAGAAAGUAAUGAAAAUAUUAUCACAUCAAUAAGUAAUGAUGAAACUAAACUAUCAUUUAAAUUACCAAAUAUAUGUAAAACAUCUGUAAAACUAUCAAUUGAAGUUAAUAAUAUUAUUUCAAAUAAUAAUAUAACAAUAACACUACAACCUACAUUUGUAUUAGCUCCAUCAAGAUCAUUAACAAAAGGAUCAUCAUUACAUAUUGUUAAAUACUUAAGAUAUUAUUGUAAAACCAUCUAUUACAAUUGA